UUCAUCUUUGGCGCACUUUGACAUAUCUAUGGUGUCUUUGACAAACUAACCUAAAAAUAAUUGUUAUUGUUAUGUAAAUAAUAUGAUAAUACAUCUUUACAGCCUUUAUAUUUAAGUUUUGCACAUUUGUUAAAGUAUAAAAAUGUUAAAGAAAAUAUUUGUUCAAACUGCAAUCAGCUUACAGGGAAGUACAGUUUACAAACUUUCAAGAAAAUUCAACAGCGUUUCAAGUAAACGGCAUAUACAUUGGGGAAUGUUAUUAAAUAACCCAAGAAAUUCUUCAAAAUCAAAUGACUAUACUUCUCCAGCCGUAGCCAACAAGUACCAGGUUAUAACGGAAACCAACUCUCCUGUUAUUGAGAACACUGCAGAUGAAAUUUACUUACAGGAUAAAUAUCCUGUUGUGAGUGAUGAAUUCGAAGGAAUAAGUUUAGAAAGAGGAAAAAAUGGUGUAUUUGAAAUAGAAGAACUGGUUGAUUUACUUCAAAGAGAAAAUUCUAAAGACAUAUUUGUAGCAAGUGUCCCAAAAGAUAUAAACUAUGUGGAGUUCAUGUGUAUUGUCAGUGCUCGCAGUAAAAGACAUAUCUUGGCUCUUGCAGAGUUCGUAAGAAAAGUAUAUAAAAAAAAAUGUUAUAAAAGUGACCGUAUACCUAGAAUUGAAGGAAAAGAUUCUGAUGAAUGGAUGGCGCUAGAUUUAGGUAAUAUAGCUCUGCACAUAUUCUCAGAAAAAACUCGCAAAGUAUAUGAUUUGGAAACACUGUGGUCUGUGGGAUCAGAAUUUGAUGAGAAGGCUAAUAAGAGCAGUGAUGUUAUAGAUAUCUUAGAAAAUUAUAGCUCCUAUCUUAAAGAUCUUAAACCAUUAGCAUAAGUAAACAAUAAAAAUAUAUAAUAAAAUAAAUUAACAAAAUAUUUCAAUGACUUUAGUUGUGGUUUGUAACAAUGCAAGAAAUGUUUUUCUGGUCAUUAAAUAAAGAUGUAGUGCAGUAAAAAAUUGGAAUAUAAUAAUAAUUUUAUAAAUGACAUGAGCAUCAUGAAGAUCUUAGUUUAUUUGUAGUUCGAAAUCCUGCCCUGCCUCAAUGUAUAUAAAUUUUUAAUCUAAGCAGAUAUUAAAUAGGGGUUCAUAAGGUAAAUAAAACAUAAAAGUAUCAAUUGAAAGUCUCAUAUAAAAUGUUUAUUUUGCUUAAUUAGGUAUGUUAAUGAUACAUAAAGUAUGGACUGCAUAACUUAUUCACAAAAUGUUAAUUGCUUUUAUAAUAGUUCAACUUAAUCAAUUCCUAUAAUAUUGUAUAGUGAAGUAUUAUAAUAAAUAUUGUAUCUUUCACAUGAAAAUCAUUUUUCGAGCAUAA